CUGGGCGGCAGAGCGAGACUCCGUCUCAAAAAAAAAGAAAAAAAAAGAAAAAAAAAAAAGACCUUCCUUGCAGGGCUGUGAGAUAAUGAAUGUAGGCAUAGGUUCUAGCAUAGAUUAGUGGCUCAAUAAAUAGUACCUGUUCAUUCAGCUAAAAUUGUUAAUAUUAUUAUUAUAAAGAUAAUGCCCUCUAUUGAAUUUCAGAUUCUCAGGCGUAGAAAAGAACUCAAAAGCAGUCCCUUUGAGUUAACUAAUUGUUUUGGAUGUUUUAAUGGCUUACUUAUACUGAUAUAGCUAGUGAUCAAUCUGCAUAUAAUCUCCCACAUUAGCCAAUCCUGGGAAUGCAUACAGAAGUCUGAGGGUAAUAAGUUAAACAUUGUUGGCCCAUUGGUACAUCAGUUACCAUUAUUGUGCAUAUUAGUUGGUAUUCUAGUAGUUUACCUGUUAUAUUCCCAACUAUCAAAACAGCUUUAUGGUGGUUUAGGAGUUGGUAGACAUGUUGGAUGGUAAAUAAUAGAAUUAUAUAAUAUUUUUAUAUUUGUAGAUGUAUCCCCUUAAAUAGGAUGGAAUAAUUUCACAGAAGAUGAAUGAAACUCAAUCCCCAUAGAAAUAUUUUUUAUAGUAAUGAAAUUAGUGCUAAAUUUAGAGAACAAAUGGAAUCUAUUAAAGUUCAUUGGGGGUAAAAUUCUUGAUUAAAAUAUUUUAUUCUGUCAGAUACUUCAAAUCUUUUUUCUUCAAAUCAGAAAUUAAGAUUUUGGCCUAGAGUACUUUCCUUUUCCUUUUUUUCCCUCUAGAUAUAGCUGCCUUACAAGUCUAAGUAUGUCUUUUGAAAUGAUUUCCUGACCACGUAAGUGUUUUUGGCUUUGAUUCUUUAGGAGCCGUUGGGUGCCUCUGAAACUGCAUGCUUUACUUUUUAUAUUGGAGCAGAUGUCGUGGCACUAAGACCCAGAAACCGUUUGCUCUGUGUGGCUGGAGCUGGGCUGGCUGUGCUCGCACUGAAGGGAAGGAAGUCAUUAGUGCAGACUGAGCUGUGGAGUUGGGUUCUUGCAGGAUUUCCUUCCAGCCUUUCCCCACUAAGGUUCUUGGGAAUUUAAAAAAAAAAAAAAAAAAAAAAAUCUAAACACACAAACCAAGUUUUCCUAUUUACAGUGUUCAGGGAAGGUAGGCAUUUCGAGAAGGGCAGAUCCUUUUCCCAAGUUAUCCAAGAAGGAAGCGAAAACAGCGUAAAGAAGCUCUGAUUACAGAUCUUUGGAAUUUUCUUUGCUAAAUUUUACAAACGAGAAAUACACCCAGAAUUGUGGGAAUUGCUCCAGGCUGCGCGUGAGGGUUUGAUUGCUUGUCUAAUCUUUUCUGAGAAGAGGAGAAUUCGCCAAAAGGGGUUUGGAUGGCAGAAGCCCGGCUGGGAUUCUGUAGCAGCUCGCGUUCUCGGUCUCUUCUCUGAGGGAGGGUCUCUGCAGUCAGCUCGGAGACCCCCUGCCGCAGGCUCCUUUUGCAGACACCGGCCGGGAAAAUGCCCCGCUCUGGCAGGAGUACGCCGGUGGCUGCUGGGACUUCCUAGCCUGGUGGGAAGUGUGUUCGUGGUUUGGGGAUACUUUUCAUUGAACUGAAGGCGAAAAGACUGGACUCUCCUGGGGCUUUUCCCAUUGCAGUGAAUAUGGGAAAGAAUUAGGGGGUGGGAGGGAGGCAGCAUGACUUGCAGUCGUCGCUGCCCUGCAUCUGCCCCCAGCCCCCAGCCAACAUCUUGAUGUUCCACGUAUCGGCUUUACAAAUAUGAUGAAAUGGCAGCCCCGGAAGAAGGCAUACUUCCGACAGGGUGUUGCCCUCCAGUACCUUGGACGUCAUGCCGAUGCCCUGGCAGCCUUUGCAUCUGGACUGGCUCAAGACCCCAAGAGUCUCCAGCUUCUGGUGGGGAUGGUGGAAGCCGCCAUGAAAUCUCCCAUGAGAGACUCCCUCGAGCCUACUUAUCAGCAGCUUCAGAAAAUGAAACUGGACAAGAGUCCCUUUGUGGUAGUGUCUGUGGUUGGGCAGGAACUUCUGACAGCUGGCCAUCAUGGGGCCUCCGUGGUUGUCUUAGAAGCCGCACUGAAGAUUGGCACCUGCAGCCUCAAACUGAGAGGUUCUGUUUUCUCUGCCCUGAGCAGUGCUUACUGGUCUCUUGGAAAUACAGAGAAGAGCACUGGAUAUAUGCAGCAGGACUUGGAUGUAGCCAAAACCUUAGGUGACCAGACAGGAGAAUGCCGAGCUCAUGGGAAUCUGGGCUCUGCAUUCUUCUCCAAAGGAAAUUACCGGGAGGCUCUCACUAACCACAGGCAUCAGUUGGUACUCGCCAUGAAACUCAAAGAUCGAGAGGCUGCUUCAUCAGCUUUGAGCAGUCUGGGCCACGUGUACACAGCCAUUGGAGACUACCCCAAUGCACUGGCCAGUCACAAACAGUGUGUUCUUCUUGCCAAGCAAUCCAAAGAUGAACUUUCUGAAGCCCGAGAACUUGGCAACAUGGGAGCUGUGUAUAUUGCCAUGGGUGACUUUGAGAAUGCUGUGCAGUGCCAUGAGCAGCAUCUGAAGAUAGCCAAGGACCUGGGGAACAAGCGAGAAGAGGCCCGGGCCUACAGCAACCUGGGCAGUGCCUAUCACUACCGAAGGAACUUUGACAAGGCCAUGUCUUACCACAACUAUGUCCUGGAGCUGGCCCAGGAGUUGAUGGAGAAGGCUAUUGAGAUGCGGGCCUAUGCUGGACUAGGCCAUGCUGCCAGGUGCAUGCAGGAUUUGGAGAGAGCUAAACAGUACCAUGAGCAGCAGCUGGGCAUUGCUGAGGAUCUCAAGGACCGGGCUGCAGAGGGGCGAGCAUCCUCCAAUCUGGGAAUCAUACACCAGAUGAAAGGUGAUUAUGACACUGCACUGAAACUCCACAAGACCCACCUGUGCAUCGCCCAGGAGCUGAGUGAUUAUGCUGCCCAGGGCCGUGCCUAUGGGAAUAUGGGCAAUGCCUACAAUGCCCUGGGCAUGUACGACCAGGCGGUCAAAUACCAUCGGCAGGAGCUGCAGAUCUCCAUGGAAGUGAAUGACCGCGCCUCACAGGCUUCCACACAUGGGAACCUUGCCGUGGCCUACCAGGCCCUGGGUGCCCAUGACCGGGCCCUGCAACACUAUCAGAACCACUUGAACAUUGCCCGGGAGCUACGAGACAUCCAGAGCGAGGCCCGGGCCCUCAGCAAUCUGGGCAAUUUCCACUGCUCUCGGGGAGAGUAUGUCCAGGCUGCCCCCUAUUAUGAACAGUACCUCCGGCUUGCUCCCGACCUUCAAGACAUGGAAGGAGAAGGGAAGGUCUGCCACAAUCUUGGCUAUGCCCAUUACUGCCUUGGAAAUUAUCAGGAGGCAGUGAAGUACUACGAACAGGAUCUGGCACUGGCCAAAGACCUUCAUGACAAGUUGAGCCAAGCAAAAGCCUACUGCAACUUGGGCCUAGCGUUCAAGGCUCUGCUGAAUUUCAGUAAAGCUGAAGAGUGUCAGAAGUACCUACUGUCCCUAGCCCAGUCUCUGAAUAAUUCCCAGGCUAAAUUUCGAGCCCUAGGGAACCUGGGCGAUAUAUUCAUCUGUAAAAAAGAUAUAAAUGGUGCAAUAAAAUUCUACGAGCAACAGCUGGGCUUAGCUCACCAGGUAAAGGACAGAAGAUUAGAAGCCAGUGCAUAUGCAGCCCUUGGCACUGCAUACCGAAUGAUCCAGAAGUAUGACAAGGCCCUGGGUUAUCACACACAGGAACUGGAGGUAUAUCAGGAGCUGAGCGACUUGCCAGGGGAGUGCAGAGCUCAUGGGCACCUGGCUGCUGUCUACAUGGCCCUUGGGAAAUACACAAUGGCAUUCAAGUGUUAUGAAGAGCAACUGGAUCUAGGGCAAAAGCUGAAGGAUCCAAGUCUGGAAGCCCAGGUCUAUGGCAACAUGGGCAUCACAAAGAUGAACAUGAAUGUGAUGGAAGAAGCCAUUGGUUACUUUGAGCAGCAAUUGGCCAUGCUGCAGCAGCUAAGUGGAAAUGAGUCUGUGCUUGACAGGGGCCGGGCCUAUGGCAACCUGGGAGAUUGCUACGAAGCCCUGGGUGACUAUGAGGAAGCUAUCAAAUACUAUGAACAAUAUUUAUCUGUGGCGCAGAGUCUGAAUCGCAUGCAAGACCAAGCCAAGGCUUACCGGGGCCUGGGAAAUGGACACAGGGCAAUGGGGAGCUUGCAGCAAGCCCUCGUAUGCUUUGAAAAGAGGCUCGUGGUUGCCCAUGAGCUCGGGGAGGCCUUCAAUAAAGCCCAGGCCUAUGGAGAACUGGGAAGUCUGCACAGCCAAUUAGGGAAUUACGAACAAGCCAUUUCCUGCCUUGAACGCCAGCUGAACAUUGCUAGAGAUAUGAAAGACCGAGCCCUGGAGAGUGACGCAGCCUGUGGCCUGGGGGGCGUUUACCAGCAGAUGGGGGAGUAUGACACAGCCCUGCAGUACCACCAGCUUGAUCUACAGAUAGCAGAGGAAACCAACAACCCCACAUGCCAGGGCCGAGCCUAUGGGAACCUAGGCCUGACUUAUGAAUCCCUGGGCACCUUCGAGAGGGCUGUGGUCUAUCAAGAACAGCACUUGAGCAUUGCUGCACAGAUGAAUGACUUGGCGGCCAAGACGGUGUCAUAUAGUAGCCUUGGAAGGACCCAUCAUGCCUUGCAGAACUAUUCCCAAGCAGUCAUGUACUUACAGGAAGGUUUAAGGUUAGCUGAGCAACUGGGCCGAAGAGAAGAUGAGGCAAAAAUUCGCCAUGGCCUUGGCCUCUCCCUUUGGGCUAGUGGAAACUUGGAGGAGGCCCAACACCAGCUUUAUAGGGCAUCAGCCUUGUUUGAAACGAUCCGACACGAGGCACAGCUGAGCACGGACUACAAACUCUCCCUCUUUGACCUGCAGACAUCAUCCUACCAGGCCUUGCAGCGGGUGCUCGUCACCUUAGGCCAUCAUGAUGAAGCCCUGGCCGUGGCAGAAAGGGGACGGACAAGGGCAUUUGCUGAUCUUCUGGUGGAACGACAAACAGGACAACAGGACUCUGACCCCUACUCACCAGUCACUAUUGAUCAGAUCUUAGAGAUGGUUAAUGGCCAGAGGGGACUAGUGCUUUACUAUUCCCUGGCUGCAGGCUAUCUGUAUAGCUGGCUGCUUGCUCCUGGGGCAGGAAUUCUGAAGUUUAAUGAACACUACCUGGGUGAGAACACAGUGGAAAACUCAAGUGACUUCCAGGCCAGCAGCAGUGCAACCCUUCCAACAGCAACUGGCUCAGCCCUGGAGCAACACAUUGCCAGUGUCCGGGAGGCCCUGGGGGUGGAGUCUCACUACUCAAGGGCCUGUGCCAGCAGUGAGACAGAGAGUGAAGCGGGAGACAUCAUGGACCAGCAAUUUGAAGAGAUGAACAACAAACUCAACUCGGUCACUGACCCCACUGGCUUUCUGCGGAUGGUUCGCCGCAAUAACCUCUUUAACAGGAGCUGCCAGAGCAUGACGAGCCUGUUCAGUAACACUGUGUCACCGACCCAGGACGGGACCUCCUCUCUUCCCAGGAGGCAGAACUCGUUCGCCAAGCCCCCGCUCCGUGCCCUGUAUGACCUGCUUAUCGCACCCAUGGAAGGGGGCCUGAUGCACUCCAGCGGCCCCGUGGGCCGGCACCGGCAGCUCAUCCUGGUUCUAGAGGGGGAGCUCUACCUCAUUCCUUUCGCCCUCCUGAAGGGAAGCUCCUCCAACGAGUACCUCUACGAGCGUUUCGGCCUCCUUGCUGUCCCUUCCAUCCGCUCCCUUAGCGUGCAGUCCAAGUCUCACUUACGGAAGAAUCCGCCCACAUACUCCAGCUCCACAUCCAUGGCGGCUGUCAUCGGCAACCCCAAGCUCCCAUCAGCCGUGAUGGACAGGUGGCUGUGGGGGCCCAUGCCAUCGGCUGAGGAAGAGGCCUACAUGGUGUCCGAGCUGCUGGGCUGCCAGCCCCUAGUGGGCAGUGUAGCCACCAAGGAGAGGGUCAUGAGCGCCCUGACCCAGGCUGAGUGCGUCCACUUUGCCACUCACAUCUCCUGGAAGCUGUCGGCCUUGGUCCUCACGCCCAGCAUGGACGGCAACCCUGCCAGCAGCAAGAGCUCCUUUGGCCACCCCUACACGAUCCCUGAGUCCUUGCGGGUGCAGGACGACGCCAGUGACGGGGAAAGCAUCUCGGACUGCCCGCCCUUGCAGGAGCUGCUGCUCACGGCCGCCGAUGUCCUGGACCUGCAGCUGCCCGUGAAGCUGGUGGUGCUUGGCUCCUCCCAGGAGUCCAACAGCAAAGUCACAGCCGACGGAGUCAUCGCACUGACAAGGGCCUUCCUGGCUGCUGGCGCUCAGUGUGUCCUCGUGUCUCUGUGGCCUGUGCCAGUGGCUGCUUCUAAGAUGUUCAUCCAUGCCUUCUACUCAUCCCUGCUGAAUGGCCUGAAAGCCAGCGCCGCCCUGGGGGAGGCCAUGAAGGUGGUGCAGAGCAGCAAGGCCUUCUCGCACCCCUCCAACUGGGCAGGGUUCAUGCUCAUCGGGAGUGAUGUUAAGCUGAACAGCCCCUCAUCACUCAUCGGCCAGGCCCUCACAGAGAUCCUGCAGCACCCAGAGCGCGCGCGGGAUGCCCUGCGAGUGCUGCUGCACCUGGUGGAAAAGUCCCUGCAGCGCAUCCAGAAUGGGCAGCGCAAUGCCAUGUACACGUCCCAGCAGAGCGUGGAGAACAAAGUGGGCGGCAUCCCUGGCUGGCAGGCCCUCCUCACCGCUGUGGGCUUCCGGCUGGACCCCCCAACCAGCGGCCUGCCAGCAGCUGUCUUCUUCCCAACCUCUGACCCGGGUGACCGGCUCCAGCAGUGCAGCAGCACCCUCCAGUCCCUGCUGGGUCUGCCCAAUCCUGCCCUCCAAGCCCUUUGCAAACUCAUCACUGCCUCGGAGACGGGAGAGCAGCUCAUCAGCCGGGCUGUUAAAAAUAUGGUUGGAAUGCUCCACCAGGUGCUGGUUCAGCUCCAGGCUGGCGAGAAGGAGCAGGACUUGGCAUCAGCUCCCAUUCAGGUCUCCAUCAGCGUCCAGCUGUGGCGGCUCCCGGGAUGCCACGAGUUCCUGGCAGCUCUAGGUUUUGAUCUCUGUGAAGUUGGUCAGGAGGAAGUAAUCCUGAAAACCGGGAAGCAAGCUAAUCGACGGACUGUGCACUUCGCGCUGCAGUCCCUGCUGUCUCUGUUCGAUUCUACUGAGCUACCCAAGCGCCUCAGCCUCGACAGCUCCUCCUCCCUGGAGUCUCUUGCUUCUGCUCAGUCUGUUUCCAAUGCUCUGCCCUUGGGCUACCAGCACCCCCCCUUCUCUCCCACCGGUGCCGACAGCAUUGCCUCAGACGCCAUCUCUGUGUACAGUCUGAGCUCCAUUGCCUCCUCAAUGAGCUUUGUCUCCAAACCUGAGGGUGGAUCAGAGGGUGGAGGCCCCGGAGGACGACAGGACAAUGACCGGUCCAAGAACGCUUACCUGCAGAGAUCCACCCUGCCUCGGAGCCAGCUGCCUCCCCAGACCCGCCCUGCAGGCAACAAAGAUGAAGAAGAAUAUGAAGGGUUUUCUAUCAUCAGUAACGAGCCCUUGGCGACCUACCAAGAAAACCAAAACAUGUGCUUCUCACCAGACCACAAACAACCCCGACCUGGGACAGCCGGAGGCUCGAGAGUCUCAGUGAGCUCCAAAGGGAGCAUCAGCACUCCAAAUUCUCCAGUGAAAAUGACUCUGAUUCCCAGCCCCAACUCACCCUUCCAAAAGGUGGGAAAACUAGCAAGCUCAGAUACAGGAGAAUCAGACCAAUCUAGCACAGAAACGGACAGUACCGUGAAAUCCCAAGAAGAAAGCAAUCCAAAACUUGAUCCACAAGAAUUAGCCCAGAAAAUUCUAGAGGAGACACAGAGUCAUCUCAUUGCGGUGGAGCGUCUUCAGAGGAGCGGCGGCCAGGUGAGCAAGAGUAAUAACCCUGAAGACGGCGUUCAGGCGCCCAGCAGCGCUGCCGUCUUCAGAGCAUCAGAAACCAGCGCGUUCAGCAGGCCUGUCCUCUCCCAUCAGAAGAGUCAGCCAUCGCCAGUCACUGUUAAACCAAAGCCCCCAGCCAGGAGCUCCUCCCUGCCCAAGGUGAGUUCUGGAUAUAGCAGCCCCACCACCUCAGAGACGUCCAUCAAAGACAGCCCGAGCCAGAACAGUGGCCGGCCAUCGCCCGGCUCCGACUCACAGACUUCCCAGCUGGACCAGCCUCUCUUUAAACUGAAGUACCCCAGCUCUCCUUAUAGCGCUCACAUUUCCAAAUCACCAAGGAACAUGUCCCCAAGCUCCGGCCACCAGUCUCCUGCUGGCAGUGCACCUUCCCCAGCUCUCUCCUACUCCUCAGCUGGAUCCGCUCGCUCGAGUCCAGCAGACGCUCCUGACAUAGACAAACUGAAAAUGGCAGCCAUUGAUGAAAAGGUGCAGGCUGUCCAUAACCUGAAGAUGUUCUGGCAGAGCACACCCCAGCAUUCCACAGGGCCAAUGAAGAUCUUCCGGGGGGCUCCUGGCACGAUGACUUCUAAGAGAGAUGUCCUCAGUCUGUUGAAUUUGUCACCACGGCACAAUAAGAAAGAGGAGGGAGUGGAUAAGCUUGAACUGAAGGAGCUGUCCCUGCAGCAGCAUGAGGGAGCUCCACCAAAAGCCCCUCCCAACGGACACUGGCGCACCGAGACCACCUCGCUGGGCGCACUGCCGCUGCCCGCCGGCCCUUCUGCCGCAGCCCCCGCGCGCCCUUUGAGACUGCCUUCUGGAAAUGGCUACAAGUUCCUGUCCCCAGGAAGAUUUUUCCCUUCUUCCAAAUGCUAAAGCAUCUUUUAUACCCACUGACUCUGAGCAGCCGGCAGAUGGGGGCCUGGCGUUUGCUUCAGCUGUUUCGAAUGCAGUCCCCUCACAGCCACCAGCACCCUCGUGAUGCUGUGCUCUCCGGGCAAGGGGCAUGACCACGUCCAAAGGCUGUCACACACACUGGUGGCUUUUCUGGGCCACAUUCACCAAAAGCCAGGACUUCUAUGGGGCUGGUACAGGAGGCUCAUGGAAUUUCCUAUACACUUCACCAAAUGUUUACCUUUGAACUCCCUGCUUCUCAUCUUUGAUAUGAUUCUUCACCAGGAUUUUGUACAAAAAUGAUCAUGGUUCUGGGGUAGGGAGAGGAAAGGGAGCACAUAUUUUGCUAAGAGGUAUAUAUGCAGUACCUUUUAUACACAGAAAUACAAAUAGAGCUUUUUCUAAGGCUUUCGGGUGCUGGUUGGGGGUGGGAUAUAUGAAAUUUCUCUCAGUUGAAUUCUACAGGAAAGUGUUAUAUUAGCCAAAAAUGGAAUAAUGGUUUUUAAAAUGCCAAUGAUUUGUAAUUAAAUUGUAGCAAUUUUGGUCUCAUGAUAGUGUAAUAUCUCAGCAACAAUGCAAUAAUUCACAUUGAAACAGCGCUUCCAUUCUGAACUCUCCUCUGCAAAUGUCCUUUGGGUCCCGCUGUCAACCAAACUUGAAUUUUCUUAAAAAAAAAUUAUGUAACUUUUAUCCAGGCAUUUUAGAACUAUGCAAUUGUGAUUUAAAAUGCAACUUUGUGCUUUUAAAACAGUAUUGACCUUUUUUGUAUAUGGAUAAACAACUUGGUUUUAUUAUCAAUAGUACUUUGCAUUUAUAGCUAUUAUUUUUAAAAGCUCAAAAAGUUUUUUAAAAUGUCAAAUUUUGAAUAGUCAUCAAUAAGUAAUUAUCAAGUUUGGAAGGAAAGAUUGAAAUGACUCAGUUUCCUUAUAAGCAAAAAAAAAAAAAAAAAAAAAAAAAAAAAAAAAAAAAAAAAAAUUUCCAAGGCUAACUAGAUUUAUCCCGCCUUCCAGCUCCUGUUCCCUUUUAUUAGCUGUUGAAUUUUAUUCUCUUUUCCCAACUCCAGGUCCCUCAGUUGUCUUAUAUCUAAAUCUGUUGCCAGGUCCCCACAAUUCCAGCACCUGCCUCUGUGAGCUGCCCCCCAAAACCCUCACCUUGGCCCUGGCCAGCCUCCUGUGCUCCUACUGUCUGAAGGACUGGCCCCUCCCCCACCACUGAAGCCACACGUCCAGAUCCUAAGCAGCAGGGCCAUCCCGGAUUAUGGCCAACCAGGGAGAAAGAGAUACAUCUUAAAAAGUGAAGGUGGACUUCUUUUCCUACAGCUCUGACGGUAACUUAAAUUGUUGCCAGCUUGAGGCAAGACAAGGGAAUCAUCUAUUUAGGGGUAACCAUUAAUUUAUUUUAAUAAAGGAAAUGCUGAAAGUCGUAUUAGUACUUAGUUGGAGAAUUUAGAUAAGUCUCUUUCAGGUAAUUCUAAAAUAAAAAUCCUACCCACCUCACUACGGGGUUCCUCAUGAAGGUGGGCGGCCACCUGGCCUGGGCCACCAGCAGCACAUGGAGCAGACCUGAGGGGCCUGGCAGGGGGCACUGACCUCAGGAUCCCCAAGUGGGGGUUUUAACCAUGGGUGGGAUCUCAGCUUCUGAGCAUACACUGACAGUCUCACCUGUUCCUCAGUGUACUCCUCUGAAAAGAAGAAGAGUAUUUAUCCAGUCUGUGUUCUCCUGAGCUCCAUCCUAGGGGUUUUUAAUUUAACCAGCCGCCAUGUUGACAAAAGGCAACAAUAAGCAUGUCACAUUCUAGCCCUGAUCCCAACACUGAAAGCAAAGUACUUUAUAAAGCAGCCAGCAAUUAUGAGGGUUUCUUUAUGUUAGUAGGGGAAAAAAUGGUAAUAAAAGUACCAGUGUAGCAAGUGAAGACCAAAUUUAUAGCACUGUGCAUUAGACAGCAAAAUCAGGUUCUUAACAAUGAAAAGUAAACCUCAAGUUUCUAAAUCCAUAUGCAGAUGGUUAGGCUGUCUCUCUCUUAGCAAAUCUCUCAGCCUCUUUCUUUCCCAAGUGCCAAGGAUCCCUGGAGUAAAGCUCUGGGGUCUGUGCUCUCCUUCCGUGAGGGGAAGGGUGCUGCCCUACUUGCCCCUCUCUAGCAAACACCCCCACCACCCUGCCACUUCCUGUGGUUAUUGAGCCAGUUAGGAGGACUCAUGGACUCUAACCUGGUUUUAGUCCCAUGUACAUUAUUGUUUUAGGUUUCAUAUUGAAGAGCCAAAUGGUUUAUGUGGUUUUAUUCUGUCUUAGAUAUAAGUUUCAAGGAAGGGAAAACAAAAGUGAUAAAAUGAUAGACCAGUCUAGAGGCCACUGUAGAGUCACCGCCACUUUAUGUGUAUGUCCAUCUUGGUGUUCCUAUAUGAGUAAAACGGAUGUAAAAUCAUAAAAUCAAAGUGAACGUUUCAGGCUACACUGAAAAAAGUAUGCACUUAGAAUUAAGGGAAAUUGCGUAAUUCACCAAGAUUUCUUUGUGUACAUCAGGAGUUGGCAACUAUGACCCACAGGCUAAGUCUGGUCAGCGGUAUGGUUUUCCACAGCCAUGAGCUAAGUUACCUUUUUAAAGGGUUAUAUAAGUAAUUACAUAAUAUUCUUGAUUUUGCCUUUGGCCCACACCACAUAAAAUAUUUAAUACCUGGCUUUUUUUGUUGUUGUUGUUGAGACAGAGUCUCACUCUGUCGCCCAGGCUAGAGUGCAAUGGCGCAAUUUCGGCUCACUGCAACCUCUUCCUCCUGGGUUCAAGCGAUUCUCCCUGCCUCAGCCUCCUGAGUAGCUGGGAUUACAGGCACCCACUACCAUGACCUGCUAAUUUUUAUAUUUUUAGUAGAGACGGGGUUUCACCAUGUUGGCCAGGCUGGUCUCGAACUCAUGACCUCAGGUGAUCCACCCGCCUCGGCCUCCCAAAGUGCUGGGAUUACAGGUGUGAGCUACCGCACCCGGCCAAUACCUGGCCUUUUAAUAAGUUUGCUGACUCCUGGUAUAGAUGACAGAAAAUUGAAUAAUGUUUUGUUUCUCCAGUCUAGGAAGCGCAAGUCAGGUAGUGGAUAGACUGGCAUCCGGGAAGCCCGGGUAUGUAAGGGCCACGUGGAUGAAGCAAAUGCCUCCUGCAUAGCCCCUGGUUCUUUGUCCCACUUGGGAGGAGUCCAUGGAUGUGGGUAAUAUUUACAAAACAAUUUUUGGCUUACCAUUUGCAGAAAGCAUUGCAUAUAUUUAAACUGGCAUGUCCCACCCUCUGCUACUCCAUCAGAUGUAAAUACAAUGACGAUAAGCCGUACAACUCCCCUCUCUUAGAAACCUCAGCAGGACCACAGAGCAAGGGAGUCAAAGCUUUCUUAAUUCUCUCCAGUAAAUGACUCAACUAAUUUGAUUUUUUAAUUAAGUCAAAAUACCAAGAGAAAAAUUGCUACUAAAACUUACAUUUUGAGCCACACUGAUGUGCAGCACAAAAUGAAAUAGUUUUCACCUCCAUUCCAUUUUUUAAAAAUUCACGGUCCACACUGAAACUUGCUGGGUUUUAGCAGGAGACGAAGGUGCCACCCACGCUGUCCUGAUCCUGCUUUCUCCAACCCAGUGACCUCCAGCACAUGAUCACUGCAGCCAGUCGCGGCCAUGCCGAUCCCGCCACCUCCCGGCCACACACACUUGCAGACCCACAAAAAGAACUGUAGCCUUGAGAAUUUCAGUUCAGGUUGGAAAAAUGCCAUGCAAUAAUCUGGUUUGCUUUCAGUAAGUACGCAACAAGUGGAAACUGUAUAAUUUUCAUCACCUAUUCUGCUGUUCUAUCUGAGUGUACGUUUGGUUUGUGAACUGGGCCCUUGUUUGUGCCACAUCCUUCAAAGAUGUUUCCUGUCAGGACACCUGUGGUCCCGCCCCUCCUCAGAUACCUUCCCAGUGGCAUUCACGUUCCUUAUAUGCAGUGUUAGCCAUCUUUGGCCUACGUGGACUUUUUUUGUAAAUUACACGGUUUCCAGACAUUAAACUUUUUAUAUUAUGAAAUUUACCAUGUAAAAAGAACUUCAUAUUUUUAUUGAGAUUGCUAAGGCACUUGGCCUUGCUCCUUUGUGAUUUUCAGUGUCUAUUAAAGCAUGAGUUCUCUCGGUUUUAAGUGCUGUAUCUGGAUCACUUUCUCACCCUUUCCAUACUGUCCAGAUUUCUUUGCAGCACAUGGAGUGGCCGUGUGUCAUUACUGAGCACGUAUCUCUCUAGUUUUAUCCCCAUCUCUACACCAUAGCCUCACAUCCACCCAGCAGAGAGCACAACCGUGCAUGCAGCAGAGCUGUCCCGCACGUCUCUGGUCUGGGGACACUGUUGGUGGGGGGUGAUUUAGACGCUACUAAUAGUUGGAGGGCCAGAAAGUUCUACAGUUGAAUACAUACUUCAACAAACAAAAACAGUUCAUCACCACCAGAUCCCUAUAUAUCAUCU